AUGCUGAGCCCCCAGAUGAAGGCACAUGCAGAGCCAGCUACAGACGAUGUUAUUCUUGUUGAUGAGGAAAACAAGAUAAUUGGCAGAGCCCCAAAGUUUGUUGCACAUACGCGCGGCGGGCUGCUCCACCGUGCAUUUUCUGUUGUUACCGUAGACAACCAAAAAAGGGUUCUUCUUCAGCGCAGAGCCUCAACCAAAGCUUCGUUUCCCAGCAUGCUAUCAAACACAUGUUGUUCCCAUCCCCUCGCCUCAAUCCCCAGUGAUGCCGAGGGUAUCGCUGGUGUCAAGCGUGCCGCAUGUAGACGGUAUCAGUUUGAGCUUGGGGUUCCUCUACAACACCCUGAGGACACGCUGAGCUGCGUAUGGAUCUUUAGGUAUGCGGCGACGUCUCCGGUUGCUUUGUCCGUUCAGACAUCAGGCAGAGAGGAGAAGGUAGAUCUGUGCGAACAUGAGAUAGACUAUGUUCUGCUCCAUGUGGCCGAUAGCACGCAGGUGGCCCUAAUCAAUGACGUUAUUAAGUCCACAGCAUAUAAUAAGGAUGAAGUCUCAGAGUUAUUGUGGGCAAAUACGGUUGAGAUCCGUGCCCAUUGGGAAGAGAUGACCCCGUGGUUCCGUAUCCUUUUUGAUCGAGUGCUUGAGCCUUGGCUUUUGGAUCCAUCCGCCUGUCUCGCCGAGGUGGAGGACGAUUUAGCGAUAAUAAAUUUGGCUUAA